AUGUCAUCACCACCGCCAUACACCCCGACCAACCCUCUCAAACGGCCCUCCAUCUCCUCUUCCGCCUCGCAACCACUCGGCAAGAAGCCGCGCAUGCACCCUCUCCGCCAGACCUCAUUCCCGACUUCUCUCGACACCGCCGACCGCAGUUUCGGGCCUACCAGCGAUGCCGGAAGCGUGACGGGCAGCUUGACAGGCAGUCUGGGCGGAGCGAGCGCCGACGGAGUUUUUGCGGGAGCGGCGCGCGGGAAGAAGCGUGGACGGAAAAGCAAGGCCGAGAAGGAGCGCGAGCGGGAACGUGAGGAUGCGCUCAGCUCUCGAGCAGGCGAUGGCACACGGAUGGGGUCGGCUGAUGUCGAUGGCUCGGUCAGAGGCGGUGCAGGCGGGGGCGGAGGUGCUGACGAUGCGGAUGACGACGAGGACGACGAUGAAGGAGAGCUGCUCGGCAGGGAAGAAGGGACCACCGAUACGGAGGCCGAGAAGAAGAAUUUGGCGAUCCUGGUCGAUGCUUUCAACCCCGUGCAGUCCGAGCGCUAUGAUCUGUUCAAGCGGGCUAAGCUGCGCAAGGAAUCGCUGCGCCGCAUUGUGAACCAUGCCCUGUCGCAAUCUGUGCCCGCUAGCGUGGUUACGACGGUCAACGGGUUUACGAAGGUCUUCGCUGGUGAGAUGAUCGAGAAGGCGCGUACCGUCCAAAUUGAAUGGGCCGAUGCUCACGAUCAAGCUGCGCGUACCGCCUUCGACGCCGAAGAGGCUGCGGCCGACUCCGCCCAUGCCCGCGCUUGCGCUAAUGCCCACACGCCUGCUCCGGCCGCCAACUCGACGACCUCGACACCGACGCCUGCGUCGACUCCCGGUCCAGGAUCUCGACCGGGUUCACUCAGCAACGGUGUCAAGAAAGAGCCCGACACCGACCACACAGCCUCGUCCUCGAUCCCACCCCACAAGGCGAACUCGACCACUGCCUCUCCUCACCUUUCUCCCGCCCCCGCGAACAACACCACUUCUUCUCCAACCUCGCAAAAAAUAAACGGCUCAUUUUCAGGGUCUAUACCCCCGCGACCCAAGCGCCAGUUCCGUCCUCCACCCAAUCCCCACCGCGGCCAGCUUCAGCCCGCGCACCUGCGUGAGGCGCUGCGACGAUCGAAGCGGGAUGGCGAAGGCGGUGGUGUCGGCUUCUCGGGCAUGAGUAUGGAGAAUCUCGGGGUGAGGGGCUCUGUUACCUGGAACUCGGGGAGUGUUGGUGGGCGGAGAAUAUUUCGCUGA